CGCAAUGGGUGCGGACGAUGGAUGGCGCGGACGAUGCGCGCCAUCGGGCGUGCCAUCGUCCGCCCAUUGCGAAUGCCCUUAUAAUAAAUUUUUUAACACACCCUACUUUCAUAGUAGUAUUUUCAUAUGAUUAAUUGUAUAGGAUUUAAUUGAAUAGUUGCAUCCUGUCUAUCAAUCAUAUGAUCAUAUCCACACAAUGGAGAAUACGAGUUGGGAGCAGAAGCUCCACGCGCUGACUCACAUCCUAACCAGCCCAACUCACGCGCCGCCGCUCCACUCGCAGCUAUUCAUCGCCACCCAAAUCCCCUGCUACCUCGACUGGAACUACCCUCCGCUCCUCUGCCGGCGCUCCUCCUCAUGGCCGCCGCCGCUCAUGAGAUGGGCCUUGUCUCAGUUCAUCAAAAGGGGGCAAAGAUUAGGGUUGCCGGAGACCUCUUGGCGGUGCAGAUGCCCUUACCAAUUGCCUCCGCCGCUGAUUCUGGCGAAAGGGGUGGCGGCCGGCGAGUGGGGAGAAGAAGAGAGGAGGAGAUAUGUGAGGUCCAGAUUGAGGCGGAGAAGGCUGGGGAUCGAUGUGAAUCCAUUGAUUCCAAUUCUAGUUCCUAAUCUCUUGGUGCUUUCGCUUUUGUUUUGGGCUCCCAUUUCUCUCCAAGAUGACUGAUUUCUUAGCUUCAUACAUUUUCUAUUUCCAGAUUUGUUAUGUAAAAAUGCUAAUGUACUUGGAUGAAUUAUGUUUGCAUUGUUUUAGACGAUCCCUUCUGAUCAUCUACUCCUUA